AUAAUGGACGACCCCGAUUUGUGUAAAUUUAGAGACGAGGUAUCUGGGUAUUACCUGGAGCUGUAUUCAAGCAUUCCUACCAAGAUAUGUGGAUCAUGCUGCUAAUCGAUGUAACAUGAUGACCCUUGAUGAAUGUGAUAAACUCUUAAGAUUACUGGGACGAAAUUCCCUUCUGAGCUCCAAAUUGAAUUCUCAUGGAAUUAUCAAUCUAGACGAGGACAGUCCAUUAUUUGUGGAAGAACUUGAUUGGGCUCUAAAGUUGAUGCGGUAACAAGCUUUAUUCUUAACUCUUAAAACUGUAUAUCUCUAAAAUGUUAUCUCCUGUAAAAAUUCUGAAUUCAGCUACACCAGCCUCACUGGAGUGCCAUGCAACGAUGUUGGUCAAACCAGAAAUAAUAGAAAUUGGGACAAGUUUUUAUACUCCUACAUCACCAACUUUGAUUCUAUUAGGAUUUUCACCCUCGUGGAAGAAGAAAUCCACAAGUACGUCAGCUUAGAAGAAUUUUCCGUAAAGUUUAGGGCUUCCCUGUAUAGCUUGACAAGAUAUAGGGAGCAUCUGAUGUAUUGGCCACAUAGAGCUAGGAAUACAGCAUCAGUCUUGAAGAUGAAGAACCUGUCUGAUGAAAAGAAGCAGAAAACUGCCACUCCCAAGCGGAAAAGAAAUGAUAGUUCUAAGAAGCAGACAACUGUCACUGCCAAGCGGAACCAUAAAGCUAGGAAUACAGCAUCAGUCUUGAAGAUGAAGAACCUGUCUGAUGAAAAGAAGCAGACAACUGCCACUCCCAAGCGGAAAAGAAAUGAUAGUUCUGAGAAGCAGACAACUGUCACUGCCAAGCGGAAAAGAAAUGAUAGUUCUGAGAAGCAGACAACUGUCACUAUCAAGCGGAAAAGAAAUGAUAGUUCUGAGAAGCAGACAACUGUCACUGCCAAGCGGAACCAUAAAGCUAGGAAUACAGCAUCAGUCUUGAAGAUGAAGAACCUGUCUGUUAAUUCUUCUAUUGAUAAACAGGAUGAAGAACAACUUGAGCUUGAGAAGGAGAAGGAUGUUAAUUCUUCUAUUGAUAAACAGAAUGCUGAGAAACAACAAAUCUUCUGGAAGAAAAAGUUUCUACUGAAGAAUAAUCCUAGGCCUUCAGAAUCUGAGACAUCUGACCCUGAUCCCGGGAUGUCUGUUGAGCAACCUGUAUGAUGAUCUUUCGUAGGAUAUGGACUGAGAAACCCAGAAGCAAGAUCAUCCUGAAAACUUAAAUCAAUAGUUUGAUAUUUAAAAUUACUUUUUUU